GGCUCAAUCCUCGAAGAAAAUUCUUGGGGAGAUGUGUAAAGGUGUGGGGGAAUUUUCCAAAAAUUCUUCAAGGUUCCAAUUAGCUACCCAGCUCAUUGGUCCCUCUACGGGAGAAGAGGCUUCUAUGAGCACGUUUCUCAUUCCAUUCAUCUUGUUCACUUCGUUUAUUUGGUGGUUUGGGAAUAGUGGAAGAUGAAACUGAAGAGGAGGAAGUUGAAGGGCCAUCAUAAUCAAAAUUGUCAGCAUCAUUGGUUUUGGUAUUCUUUAAAAUAAAAAUUUU